AUGUUUAUCGAAGAGCGGAGCACUUUUAGAGCUCGAAAAAAAAAUAGAGGAAUAGAAAGAAAAGGCUACUCGUGCAGAUGUUCUCGUUAGAAAUACGUGAUUUGGAGUCGAGAGACCAUUGUUCCAGGAAAACUCGGAGAUUAACGAGCUCUUCCGUAUCUUCCGAUCUUCCGAGCGUGUAAAUUUGAAAUCCACAAUCGGUCGGCCGACAUCUUUCGAGAAGAACCGACAAAUCCAAGAGGCGGCCGCCAAAUUGGGCAUCGAAGAGUACUGGAUCGGCGCGACGAACGUCGAUAACGACUGGGAAUGGCUCGACGGGUCCAUGAUGACGUAUUCGAACUUUGACGUGGCAGCCGGAUAUCCGAAGAAGACAGAAUCGCAGGUGGGCGCGGUCUCGAUGGAGUCUCUUUUCGGACUGUGGUACACGAAGAUCGACGCGAUGGCGCUGCCGUUCGUGUGCGAGUUCCAGGCGACGGAAGACUAUUCCCAAGGUAUUUUCUUCUUCCUUCCAGACAAAAGAGAAAAGAGACGGAGGAUUCCGUGAAUGUGAAGUCCAGUCAACAGGCAACGGGAUCAAGUGGAAACGAUAAGGGAAGGGAGCGGUUACGGUGGAAUUGUGGUCAGGCGACUUCGUUUUUGCGUUGAAAAAACAGGAACCUUUUCUGCAUCCCUACAGGGACUGCACUGACCGAGGAACUGAAUUCCAACUCUAAAGCGAAAAGAGAACGCGAUGAGAGUGAGACGCUCCGCACGAAAAUUACUAAUAUUCAAAGAGGAUGA